CCCUGCCGGCCGAGCCAGCCUCCCUUCCCACAAUGCCCGUUUAGGCUACUCCGCCGCGGCUGCCUCGGCUUCAAGAUGGCGCAGGCGAUAUUCGAGGCGUUGGAAGGAAUGGAUAAUCAGACAGUGCUGGCUGUACAGUCCUUACUAGAUGGACAAGGAGCAGUUGCAGAUCCAUCAGCACAAAGUGUCAACACGUCCACCACCAUCCAAUCCAUGGAUGACGAGGAUGUGUUCCUUUGUGGGAAAUGUAAGAAGCAGUUCAACUUGCUACCGGCUUUCAUGACCCAUAAACGGGAGCAGUGUCAAGGCAAUGCCCCCUCCCUGGCUACAGUCUCACUGGCCACCAACAGUGUAUAUACUCCGUCCAUUACAUCAGUGCAGCAGGCUCCGACCACCAACAGACAGCAGAUCUCUACAUAUAUCACUGUGCCCCCCUCUCCUCUGAUCCAAACACUUGUACAAGGUAACAUCUUAGUGAGUGAUGAGGUGUUGAUGUCUGCUAUGUCGGCUUUUACAACCCUGGACCAGCCUAUGUCCACAGUACAACCUUCGGUGCAGAGCAGUCUGAGUAUGCACACUGGAACUGGAUACCUCCCUCAGCCACCACCUCCACCUCCACCGCCACCACCUCAGCCUCCUCCUCCCCCUCCUCAAACUCUUGGCGUACCAGGCCAGACCAAUACGGGUAGCAGCGGAGUGGUGGAAGUGUACAGCACACCUACCCCCAUGGCUGGGAAUGGUACAGUAGAGAUGCAGAACCUGGGGAUGCAGCCCUAUCCUCCUAUGGAGGUGCCCAGCCAAUGUGUUGAAAGUUCUGUGUACCCCUCCCCUCCAGUAUACAGUCCAGGCAAGCAAGGUUUUCACUCCAAAAGUCCCAAUGCUACUGCUCCUUUGAACAAUACGUGUGGUGGAAAUGUGACCAAUUUUGAUCCUACUUCUACAUGCAAAAACCGUCGUUCCAAAACUGAUGGCAACCUGCUAGAAGGAAAGCCUAAAUCCCCCAAACUGAAAUGUACCUUUUGUGAUAAGGCCUUCACUAAGAACUUUGACCUGCAGCAACAUAUCCGGAGUCACACAGGGGAGAAACCAUUCCAGUGCAUUGUGUGCGGUCGUGCCUUUGCACAAAAGUCCAAUGUGAAGAAGCACAUGCAGACGCAUAAGGUGUGGCCACCGGGAAUUGGAUGUACCAUCUCACGGAGCUCUGUCACUGUGCAAGUCAUGGCCCUCAACCCCAACCAGCAGGAGGAUGAGGAAAAUGCAGGUGCCUUUCUUACUAGUGGGAUGACCAGUUGGCUGAUGACCUGCUCCCUGAAUUAUGGUUUAAACCCAGUGGCUAGAAACAAUUCACCCCAACCUCAGGCCAUGCCUCCUGCAGAAGAGAGUGAAGCCAGCAAGUUGGAAGCCAAACAAGUGGUCUUGAUUGACAGUUCAUAUCAGUGCCAGUUCUGUCCCAACAAAUUCAGUACCUACUUCCAGCUGAAAUCACACAUGACUCAGCACAAACAUGAGCAGGUUUACAAAUGUGUCGUGAAAAGUUGCGCACAGACAUUCCAGAAGUUGGAAUCUUUCCUUGAUCAUAUCAAGACUCACCAAGAAGAGCUGAGCUACCGCUGUCAUCUUUGCAGCAAGGACUUCCCCACCCUGUAUGAAUUAAGCAUCCACCAAUAUUCCCACAACCUGCUGCCUCAGCACAGUCCCAAGAAGGACAUGGCCAUCUACAAAUGUGUCAAGUGUGUAAAUAAAUAUUCCACCCCAGAAGCCCUGGAGCAUCACUUACAGACAGCCACACACAACUUCCCCUGCCCUCACUGUCAGAAGAUCUUCCCCUGUGAGAGGUAUUUGCGACGGCACCUCCCUACGCAUGGGGGUGGAGGCAAGUUUAAGUGCCAGAUCUGCAAGAAAUUCUUCCGUCGAGAACACUACCUCAAGCUACAUGCUCACAUUCAUUCAGGUGAAAAGCCUUUUAAGUGCUCAGUGUGUGACUCAGCCUUCAAUAGAAAAGAUAAACUCAAACGGCACAUGCUGAUCCAUGAGCCUUUCAAGAAAUACAAAUGCCCCUUCUCAAAUCAUACUGGCUGCAAUAAAGAAUUCAACCGGCCAGACAAAUUGAAAGCUCACAUUCUCUCCCAUUCAGGGAUGAAGAUCCACAAGUGCCAAUACUGUAACAAGGCCUUCAGCCGGCGAGCCCACAUGGUAGAGCAUCAGCGCUCCCACACUGGCAACUACAAAUACCGCUGCUCUACCUGCAGCAAAGGCUUCACACGGCAGAAGUAUAUGAAGGACCAUAAGUGUCGGCUGACUUUGGCCAAGGACAAAGACCUCCCAAUCAGGAAAUCACAGAAGAAGUGGGGGACUCGUGGGCGGAAAGUGGGACUUCCUCUUUCUGCUCAGUUGGCUUUGACAGAACUGAAGGAUGGUCCAGGCGGAGAGACCCCUCAGAAAGGUGGUCCAAAUAAAGAACAGUUUCCAGAGUCUGACACAGUCCUGUCCAUUGUGGUUGGCAGAACAGCAGCUUCGACAGAGCCAGAUCUUGGCAACACCAACCAACGUAAUGGCAUGCCAUCCAACCUUGCCCUGGCUGAGUUGCAGCCUGGCACGGAGAGUCCAUGCACCAUGUUGGCUGUCCCUGUUUAUAUUCAGGCUGACUAGCUGAGGAAUUCUGACUGUCUUCUUUCUGUUUAAUGGGGCAGGGAGGGAAGAGGUUUUUUGUUCCUUAAUGGAGAUGUCCUGCUGUGCAUGGAGAGGGGUGGGGUAAAAUGGCUGCAGUGAAGCAGCAGCAUUCUUACAGAGGGCAUCAAUAAGAAAGUGACAGUUACAGUCAACUCCAUUUUUUUCUUUUCCCACAUGAAUUGGUCUGAUACAUCUAUUAACAAACAGGCAGUGAAAGGUAUAUCUGUAUUCUCCACGUGUUGCACUGGUACAAUGUUCAGUGGUUAACUUCCAGGUGGAGAAACAAUUGAAAUCACUGAAAUAAUUUGUAAAUAUCUCCAAAACCAGAGGGAUUUUUAAAAAAAAUACUGUACUGCAUCUCAUUUCUGGUUCCAUUCUAAAAUCUGUAUUGCCUUCUCUUUGGAUGGUUGGUCUUUCCAGCAGCCAGCAACAAGUCCUUCCUACUGGAAUAGAAUUCAUUAUGUGAUCCUUUGGGACCAUUACUCAUAAAUAUUCUCAUAGACAUUU